GAGUCGCCCCGCCUUCAUCAUAUCUUUAUCAUCCAGCAGACUCGUUCUAGUAGUAAGGAACACACAUUUCGCCGCAGAAAAGCGACAGUCGUAUGCGCAUACUUGGACAGGCUAAAAGCGCAAAUUAAUUCUUCCAGCAACUUGUGCUUAGUUGAACGAACGCUUGGACUCACUCACCAUCGACAGUUCUGUGACUAUAACAUAAAAGCGGAAAAUACAUUAUUAUAUAUUAUAUACAUAUUUAUAUAUUGUUUUUUUUACAUAUUCUUUUCGAGUACAAUGAUAUAAUUAAUUCGAUUCUAAAAUAAUAUACAGAAUUUCUCUCAUACAAGACAUUGCAUUAAUAUAAUAGCCGUAAAUAAUUAACCGACCUCUGAAUGGAGUCUACCGCUAUAUAAAUAUAUAAUUAUAUGUGUAUUACAUAGGUGUGUGUAUGUAAUUUUAAAUAUACGCUGACAAAUAUAAAACAUAAUACAUACAUGAACAUAUGUAUAUGAUAUAUAUAUACAUAUCAUCGCAAUAAAAGGGAAAAGGAAUAAAAAGAGUAAAAACAACAACACAAAAGGAAAAUAAAGAAAAUGGUAGCUGUGAAGUUUUUCUUCAUAAUACUUUUUUGGGAGCUUUUCACGGAAUUAUGUGAGGGUAGAUGUCCUCACAUUCGAAGAGUACCAAACCUGAAAGUAAGAUACAGAGAUUCGAGGAGAUAUGUAUUCUUCAGCUGCAAGCGAAAAUUUGCAUUGGUUGGUCAGCGUUAUGCUGAAUGCCACCGGGAUACUUGGUCCAAAGACCCUCCUAUGUGUGUUGCAAGUGGUUGCCGUCCAAUGCAAUUCAAUCAGAGUGUUCUUGAUGUUACAUACACUCAUCGUGGGGCACUAGCCACCUUUCAGUGCAAAGCCGGCUAUGCAAUGGAAAAAAAGGAGAACAGAGUAUUCUGUAACAGAUUUAAUUGGAAUAAACUGCCUCCAAAAUGUUUAAAAACUGCUUUAGAAAGUCAUUGCGAUUUUGAAGAGGGAAGGUGUGGUUGGCUGCAAGACCACACAGAUGAGUUUGACUGGACAAGACAUUCACUGGAUACUGACACCAAAUACACAGGACCUUCAAGUGACCACACAUAUGGAGAUUUAAGAGAAGGUUACUACAUGUACAUGGAAGCCUCUACUCGGAAAAUUGACAGCAAAGCGAGAUUAUUGUCUCCUUUAUUUGUAGAAACCAACUCUACAAUGUGUUUUGAAUUUUGGUACCAUAUGUGGUGCCAAGGAGCAAGAGAACCUGGUUUUCUACAGAUGUAUUUGCGCCCAGUAAGUAAAUACUUGAAUCAGUCCAAGAUUCUGUUUAAUGAGACCGGUGAUCAUGGAAAUAAGUGGCACGAGGUAAAGAUUCAACUGGAAAACAUAACAGAAUCGUUUCAGAUUGUGAUACAAGGAGUACGCAAAAAGAAUUACCAAAAUGACAUUGCAAUUGAUGACAUUCGACUGUGGCGUGUUGCUUGCAAUGACACUUCAAAAGAAUGGAAUCCAAGUUCAACUAAUAGUGAAAAAAUUUCAACAUUUAAAAGUGCCUCAUAUUCCAUAACUCCUUCCAGUAUCCGUCCAUCUUCAUCCGUUUCUCCAGGCAAGCCUACUACGUCAAAUGUAGAAAAUAAUUCUGGUAGAUCAGAAUUUAUCUCAAAAUUAAAAGAACCUGUUUCAAAGGUAUCAGAAGGAGUAACAGCACCAAAACUUGGUAAGCAUACGCAAACAAGUGCACAUGAUGCAUCUCGUGAAGCAAAAACAGCUACAACACCAACAGGAGUGAAUGGUCGAAUGCAUUCAAGGAAGUUCACUAAAAUGAGUGACACCUCGAAACUUUCCCAGUCUUCAACAUCUCCGAAAAUGUCCAUUGAAAUAAAAACGAUAGCAAGUGUAACAGGCAAUGGACACGGUUCUAGUAACACAAUUGGAGAAAUUAAUUCAGCACCUUCUCAAAGGGAUUCUCUUAAAGAGAAAGCUAAAGAAAAUUACACACCUCUAGCAAUUGGCAUUACAGUGGCUUUGUUGCUUGGAGUUUGUGUGAUAUUCUUCAUUGUUUGGUUAUGGGCAUGGAAUCAGGACAAAAAGCGAGCCGAGGCCGAAAAUGAAGAAGAGACACAUCCAAUUACAAAUGCAGCUUCCAAUACCAGUCUUCAAAAUGCUCUGUGAUGUUUUUGCUUACUAUGUUUUUCUGUGUGAAGAAAAUAUUGUAAAAACACUUCUGUUGAUGCAGCAAAGCAUAAAUUCAGUUGGUGCAGCGGUUGCAUGUGAUCUUUCCUGCAUGUGAUCUUUCCUGCAUGUUCUCUCUCUAUAUGUUGUCAUAAAGAUAUUGGGCCAUCCCAUAAAUAAUGUGAUUUUUUUCAAUUGCAUGGACUAAAAGUCAGAAGGGAACGAGAUAAACUAUCUGCAUCAACAUGCUAUAAAAGCAGGUAGUAAUUUUACCUUCUCCUUAUUCUUAGUGCAAGUUUAAAGAGUGCAGUUCGAUUUUAACAGUUAUUUUUUCAAGGCUGUAAUGGAAGUUACAAAGGAGCAUAUUCGGCAUAUUUUGCUUUAUGAAUUCAAUAAAAGCAACAACGCAGCGGAAAGUGCGAGGAAUAUUAUUGCAGUAUAUAGGGAUCGGACAAUAAGUGCAAGCCAGUGUCAACGGUGGUUCUAGAAAUUCCGAGCCAGAAACUACAGCCUAGAAGACGAACCUCGCCUUGGAAGAUCUGUAGAGAUCGACGAGGACGUCCUGCAAAUCCUGGUGGUACAAAAUACCAUUGUAACUGUUGAGGAACUAGCAGAGAAGCUUGGAUUUAGUCAUUCAACUAUUCAUUGAUACCUGCGCUAGAAUAAAAACGACCAUCUUUGCUUUCAAGACAAAAGGUGUUCUUCCACAUACGACAAGGAUAACAUUCCAAAGGCUAGAGUAGUUUGAGUGGGAAACGAUUUCCAUCUUCGCCGGACACUGCCCCAUGUAAUUAUCAUUUAUUCCAUAGUCUUCAAAGUCAUUUGGACAGAAAAAAAUAUGAAUUCUGUAGACGAGGUCAGAACAGUACUGGAGGAGUAUUUUCCCUCACGGACAAGUGAACUUUGGAAGAGGGGCGUUGUAAGUCUACCAGAUAGAUGGAAGAGCAUUGUAGAAAAUGAAAGAGAGUAUAUUUUAUAUUAAAGAAUAACUUCAUCUUAAUUUUGAAAAAUAAAAGUAGUAUAAAAAAAACUGCAUUAUUUAUGGGAUGACCCAACACUUAUGUAUCAUGUCUGAAAAUAUGCGUAUAAAUUCUGUAUGCGGAAGUACCGGUCAUCUAUAGAUGAGUGUAUAUAAACGUGGGUGGUUACAGGGACCAACUGUCAUAACUUGAUGUUAUGUAUAUGAUGUAAAUAAAUGCUAUUGCAUGCACUCAGAUACAUUUGUAUAGAACGUAUGAGUGUAUGUGGAUGUUAGUGUAUGUGCAUGUAUUAGUUGUAUAUCUGUGUAUGUAAGGGUGAAAAUUGAACUAGAAAUUUAUUGAUGUAAAUAAAGAAUUAUACAAUAAAAUGAAAUAAAAAUACAUUUCAAAUUUAACAUAAAAA